CCUCUAUCCCCUCUGCCCAACCUUCAUCAGUCAACGCCAUAUACCAUCAGUCUGCAAAAGAAACCCAAUACAUUCAAGAUGAUGACCCGACCGAGACUCACAAUUAGCACCAAGGCACUGGUCUGCCAGGACAAUGACCUGCGAGGAAACAUCACUGUCGGUGCUGGAACUGUACUCCACCCACAAUGCAAAGUAUGGGCGACAGGAGGAUCGAUCAUAUUCGGCAGUGGAAAUAUCGUGGAGGAAAAUGCGGUCAUCAUCAAUAGAGGUCCAGACGCACUGAUUAUUGGCGAUAACAACGUUUUUGAAGUCGGAAGUGUGAUGGAGGGUGCGAAGAUGGGAAACCGCAACACGCUGGAGGUUCGAUCACAAGUCAAAAGCGGGACAUGGCUUGGCGAUGACUGUGUGAUCGGAACCGUAUGCUCGACCCACGAGGGUGAAGUACUCGAGGACAAGACUGUAAUCUAUGGCGAAAACAACGAGCGUCGUAUUUAUUCCGGAGCCCGCACGAGUCAGAGCAUUAUUCACGCAAGACAUCUGGAGUACCUAAUGCAAACACUACCAAAAUUCAACCACUCCCGGACAUCUUCUUAAGAAAGGAGCCCCAUCUACGCUGCGCUUUUCAUGCAGUCGACAUGUAAAACAGUAAAAACAAGAUGAAAAUGCUGUUUGCAGCUCCUUUAAUAUUCCUGCUAUGAUACACAUG